AGGCUGGACUACUGAGUGGUGACGUUUCCCCAUUGGGCGGAAGGUUCGGUGGCAGUCGUCGGUCUUCCAGCUGGUGGGAGUUGGCGUCGCGGUGCUGGAAGCUGGGACCCUAGUUUAUCUCGCUGGGGAAGUCGGGCUGUGGGGUCGCAGCUGUCUGUCUGAUCCCCGCUUUCCUUGGUUUCCUCCCACGGCGUGGGGCUUCGCGAAGGACUCCCCGGCCCCUUUGGGCCACGGCGGUAGCGGUGCCUUUUGCGAUUUUCUUGUAAUCACAUCUUAAAGCCUUCAAGAUGGUACUAGCAGACCUUGGAAGAAAAAUAACAUCAGCAUUACGCUCACUGAGCAAUGCCACCAUUAUCAAUGAAGAGGUGUUAAAUGCUAUGCUCAAAGAAGUAUGUACAGCAUUAUUGGAAGCAGAUGUUAAUAUUAAACUAGUGAAGCAACUAAGAGAAAAUGUAAAGUCUGCUAUUGAUCUGGAGGAGAUGGCAUCUGGUCUUAACAAAAGAAAAAUGAUUCAGCACGCUGUAUUUAAAGAACUUGUGAAGCUUGUAGACCCUGGAGUUAAAGCAUGGACACCCACUAAAGGAAAACAGAAUGUGAUCAUGUUUGUUGGAUUGCAAGGGAGUGGUAAAACAACAACAUGUUCAAAGUUAGCAUAUUAUUACCAGAGAAAAGGUUGGAAGACCUGUUUGAUAUGUGCAGACACAUUCAGAGCAGGGGCUUUUGACCAACUAAAACAGAAUGCAACCAAAGCAAGAAUUCCAUUCUAUGGAAGCUAUACAGAAAUGGAUCCUGUUAUCAUUGCCUCCGAAGGAGUGGAGAAAUUCAAAAAUGAAAAUUUUGAAAUUAUUAUUGUUGAUACAAGUGGCCGCCAUAAACAAGAAGACUCUUUGUUUGAAGAAAUGCUUCAAGUUGCUAAUGCUAUACAACCUGAUAACAUUGUUUAUGUGAUGGAUGCCUCCAUUGGGCAGGCUUGUGAAGCCCAGGCUAAGGCUUUUAAAGAUAAAGUAGAUGUAGCCUCAGUAAUAGUGACAAAACUUGAUGGCCAUGCAAAGGGAGGUGGUGCACUCAGUGCAGUUGCUGCCACAAAAAGUCCAAUUAUUUUCAUUGGUACAGGGGAACAUAUAGAUGACUUUGAACCUUUCAAAACACAGCCUUUCAUCAGCAAACUUCUUGGUAUGGGUGACAUCGAAGGACUGAUAGAUAAAGUCAACGAGUUGAAGUUGGAUGACAAUGAAGCCCUUAUAGAGAAGCUGAAACAUGGUCAGUUUACGUUGCGAGACAUGUAUGAACAAUUUCAAAAUAUCAUGAAAAUGGGCCCCUUCAGUCAGAUCUUGGGGAUGAUCCCUGGUUUUGGAACAGAUUUCAUGAGCAAAGGAAAUGAACAAGAGUCAAUGGCAAGGCUAAAGAAAUUAAUGACAAUAAUGGAUAGUAUGAACGAUCAAGAACUUGACAGUACUGAUGGUGCCAAGGUUUUUAGUAAGCAACCAGGAAGAAUCCAAAGAGUAGCAAGAGGAUCAGGUGUGUCAACGAGAGAUGUUCAAGAACUUUUGACACAAUAUACCAAAUUUGCACAGAUGGUAAAAAAGAUGGGAGGUAUCAAAGGACUUUUCAAAGGUGGUGACAUGUCUAAGAAUGUGAGCCAGUCACAGAUGGCAAAAUUGAAUCAACAAAUGGCCAAAAUGAUGGAUCCAAGAGUUCUUCAUCACAUGGUGUGUGACUUUCUUGGAGAGAAGAUCGCGUCUGUUUUGGGCAUCAGCACCCCAAAAUACCAGUAUGCCAUUGAUGAGUAUUACCGGAUGAAGAAGGAGGAAGAAGAAGAAGAAGAAGAAAACAGGAUGUCUGAAGAAGCAGAAAGACAAUACCAAGAAAAUAAGCUGCAGGCUGAUUCCAUUGUUCAGUCAGAUCAACCAGAAACACUGGUAUCCAGUUCAUUUGUGAACCUCAAUUUUGAAAUGGAAGGAGACUGUGAAGUAAUUAUGGAAAGCAAACAAAAUCCAGUCUCUGUCCCUCCGUAGAAUGAAAUGACUAUCAAACUUCUAAGGUAGUUUUUACACCAGGCACUUUCACAUUCUGUAUUCAGUGGGACUUAAGACAGUUAUUUAUAUUUUAAAUUAUUAAGUUAUCUGGAAAGGGAAAAAUGUUUAUUCUUAGGCUCUAUCUAGCAAAGUCAGAUCUGAAAUUUGGAUAUUUGUACUGUGCUUUCACUGUGUCAAAUUAGUGCUUUGGUUUUAAAAUGAUCUUUUAAAAAAAGUUAAGGACAUUCUAGAGCCCUAACCACCAAUUAAGAAGAGUUAAAUUAUCAAGCUUGUCUGUUAUUUGUGUAAGAAAAAAAAAAUAGGUAAAUUCCUGAUUAAGGCUAAUUCGUGGCCUCGGAUUAAAAUGAGGAUUUUCCCCCUAGAUUUCCUGUUAUGUCUUACAUUUAUAUAUCUAACCAUUCAUUUCAUACUAAGGAUGGUUCACUGAGUGUGUAAUAAAAGGAGCAAGAUAAAAGCAUUUUGAAUUUUCUUUCCUUGAGAAUUAACUUUAUUUCAUGGGAAGGUGAUUGAGUUUAUAACACCACCAAAUAUUAAGAUGGGUUUCCAUUUUUUUAAUGAAUGUUACUUAACCUCACUUUCUCUUUCAGUAGUUAUUCAAACUUAAAUAACUAACUUUGGACAUAAUGUUAAAAACACUAGCUAUGGGAAGAAUUUAUUAAUGUAUUUGUAUUUAAAUGGUAAUACCUAGUGAUUACCCACAUGGCAUCCUGGUUCUGUCACUCAUUCAGCCCUUGAAUGGCUCCUGUGGGUCGAGCAGUUGCAGGGUGAGAUUGGGGGACAGAUGAAGACAACCCUCCAGGGGCUCACUGUUAAAUAUUGUACAAGGUGCAGUGGUAGCAUAUAUGAAGUUACCUGUCAUUCACCACCUCAAGGUAACAACAGUAGAUGGUUUACUUGACCCAGUUGGCCAUCUGUGUACCCACUGUGCCAUUAGCAGACCUUACAAAAGUAUAAAACUAACUCUGAAAAUACUCCUGUAUGUGUUCAGAAUCUUAUAUCUGUAUGGCUUUGAUUUAUAACUAAAUGUGGAUAAGGAGAAAUAUAUGUAGAAUAUUUCAGAUAUGCUGCUCUUAAAAAUCAAUUCAUAAACUUAGAGCUUUUAGAGAUUAAUGGUUAACAGCCUUCUAAAUAGCAUUAAGCUUCCAAUCUUAACUAUAUCUGUAUAAAGUAUAGCUUCAAAGAAACAACAUAGGUACAGUGGGCUUAUUAUGGAAGUCUGUUAGCAAUGAACAUGAACAUCUGGCCACUAAGUUCUUCCACUGAAACUUGAGGGAUUUGGGAAAGAUAAUUCUUCAUUUGGAAUCCUCAGUUACAUGGAUUCAUGGUAUAGGUGGUUCAUGGCAUGUGAUGGUGAUCUUUUUCGUCAUGGGUGUAAACUAUAUAAUUUAGUGCUUAAAAGAUUAAUCUUCAGAUUAUGUAAUGUCAUGAAUUAUAGUUUGCCAGUAGCUCUAAAGAAUGCUCAUCUGAUGUGUUCCCUAUAAUUUGUUUUUAUCGUCAUUUGAGAAGAUACUCAAACUCAAAUAUUUGUUUGGUUAUCCUGUAAAGGCAAGCAUAUCUGAAGGCGAUCUGAAUCUUCUCUCCCUAGAUGCACUAGGUCUAAAAGAGUUGACUCAGACAUUUUCUGAUUGUAGAAGGAAGAUAAUGAUUUAUGAAGGUUUUACAUAUCUUGAAUUUUACUUUUUCUACUUGUCCAGCAGUGGCCAGUUUGUAAUGUUUAUAUAGUUAUUCACUGUGCCUUAAAUUUUUAUACUUUUAUUUAUGCAAACUAUAAAAUUUCCCAUAAAUGCAUUAAAUGGUUUUGUCUUAAUUUUAAGCCUCUUUCACUUUCUUCCUUUUCAACCCUUUUAAUAGUUACUAUUCCUUCUGAAUCACAGUUCAUGAUAUUCUACCCUCUUCUAUUGUUUCAUCUCUUAAAAAACCUGAACAGUAUAAUUGAGAAUCUUUACACUUAGUUAACAAAUUCUCUAAUGAAAAUUCUUAACAAAAUGGAGUUAAGUUUUGUAAAAUGUAACCCUGGUGCUGAUUAAUAAAGGUAGACCAACUUUUUAUACCAGUGAUUUUAAUUAAAGUAAAAUACUAAGUUGAAUACUUUUUAUUGAAACAUUCUAUGAAAAUAAACAUCAUGCCCAAAUACUUCCCAGAAAUAAAAUGGCCUUACUCUGAUGAA